AUGCUUCUUGGGCUUACUCCUCUGUUCUGGGCUCCCCUUGCCGAGCGUUAUGGCCGGCGUCCAGUUUGGCUUGUGUCAACCUUUCUCUCUAUGGUCGCUAAUAUAGGAUGUGCUCGAUCUACAAGCUAUGGUACAUUGAUGGUUGCGCGGGUCUUUCAACCUGUUUUUAAUGCCCCUGCCGGCGCACUAGGCACGGCUGUGGUUGUGGAAUUGUUUUUCGCGAGAGAGAGAGGAUUUAAGAUCGGGAUCUGGACCUUGAUGGUCACUCUUGGAAAUCCAGUAGGGCCGCUGGUGAUGGGAUUUGUUGCUACAAGGGUCGGAUGCCGCUGGAUAUUUUGGAUCUUUUCCGCUACAAAUGGUGUUCAAUUCCUUGGAUAUCUGUUCUUCUCCCCAGAGACCAAAUAUGUCCGACGUACUAGUAACAAUGGAGUUGUGGCAGCACCAAAACACACCUUCCGUAAAAAAUAUCUCUCGUUUGAGAAGAUCCCGGAUUCCAUGCCUGUGAAAGUCUCUCAAUUUUUCGUUCCUUUGAGACUCCUUGCGAGACUCUCCGUUUCAAUUUCGACACUUGCACAUAGCGUCAUCUUCGGAUUCUGUAGCGUCCUGAUCUGUGUCGAGAUUCCAGCGCUAUUAGGUGUGAAGUUUGGGUUGAAUGCAGAACAGAUUGGUCUCAACUUUAUCGGUAACAUUAUUGGAGGAGUAAUAGGGGAGCAGCUGAGCGGUCCUUUCAGUGACUAUAUCCGCAACCGUCGUCUACGCAGCAACCCCCAUCAUCAAACACCUGUUCCAGAAAAUCGUCUGUGGUUUGCUUAUCCAGCGUACAUUUUGUGUAUUGUUGGUUUUGUUGUAUUUCUUGUCACUUUGGACAAUGCGACUCCGAAUCAAUGGACUGUCGCCCCAGUUAUCGGACUAGCAAUUUGCGCAGCAGGGAACCAGAUGCAGACGACUUCUCUGUUCACAUAUGCUGUUGACAGGAACCUGGUAGAUUCUGGUGGAGUUGGCGUUUCAAUUAUCCUUGUUAGACAGAUCUGGUCAUUUAUUGGUCCUUUCUGGUUCCCAUACAUGUUUGGCUCCAUUGGACUUCGUGGUAGUGCUGCGCUCUGCUCAGCGCUUAUGGUUAUAUUCGCCAUUCUUCCAACGGCUCUGCAACAGUUCUAUUUAGGGCCAAGGAAAUACAAGAUGGAAAACCAUUAG